UAUCUUUUGUAGCUUUACCAACACACACACUUCCGUCUUUUGUCGUGCCUUGGCCAUUGACCAAAAGCACUCGCCCAAAAUGGGUACACCGUCCAAGGUGGCUGCACUCAUGGCGGUGCUGUUACUUCUCUCCGGCAGACUCGCGACGGCGACGUGGUGUGUUGCCAGAAGCGACGCCACACAGGAAGCUUUACAAACGGCACUUGACUACGCAUGCAGUGCCGGAGCAGACUGUGCACCAUUGCAGCAAUCUGGUCUCUGUUUUCUUCCAAACACCAUCCAAGCACACGCCUCCUACGCCUUCAACAGCUAUUACAUGCGUAAAUCAAUGGCUCCCGGAUCUUGCGACUUUUCCGGCACCGCCACCAUCGCCAAAACAGACCCCAGUUAUGGAUCUUGCGUUUAUCCACCGACUCCGAGCUCCGCAGGAGGAACGACACCAAUCACGACUCCUAGUUCAGGCAUCACUCCGCCACCACCGUUCGGAGGGCUGAGUCCAGACAAUGGCAUGGUACCCACAUUAACCACCCCGCCAAAUUCUAAAGCUUUCUCUACGUCCGACGUGUCAAGAAUCUUACAUCUCAACACCAUCUUCAUAGUCUUCUUGUUCAUCUUUUAAUUGAUCAAGAUUAAUUUUUUCGGCAU